CGCCUGCAUUUUCAGUUGCGUUUCGAUCGUCAGCUCGGCCGGUAGUAAGUCAGUUGUCUGCGGCAGAUUCCAGUUACGUUUAAGGUCUGAUGUUAGCAAUAAAGCAAUAAAACCAAGAGUUCCUCUACUGCUUUUGUACAUAUCCUGGGGUACCACCACCAUUCAGUUUGGUGACGGUUAGAGAGUGAUUGCGUUCGAUUCUGCGGUUGGAAAGAAAAGAAAAAAAAAACAAAAAUACACCACUGUACACAAGUCCAGUACCUACAGUCAUAUAUGAAGCCGAUUGGUGGUAAUUCGAAACCGAAGAACAAAAGUGCAAUUUUCAUUUUAGUCUCCUACUUUCCCGAACUGUUGGGCUGUGUCGGAAUAAUAAUAACAUACGAAGUUAAUACCCAAGCCCCUUCAGUAAAAUCAUUUAGUUUUGUUUUGUGUUUGUGCAUUAUCAGUAUCUGUUAAUUUUGUGAAAAAACAAUCGGUGAUUUCUAAUAGUUGCUGUAUAUUGUAUUAGGAAGUAGUGCCGUAACAAUUUGGUUGUAGAUAACGGAAGUGUCAGCAAACUGUGAUUAGCUUCGAGGAUAAUGAACGGAUUACCAGUGAAACGCCAUCAAAAGUAGCUAGAAUCAGUACAAACGGAUCGCUUUUUGGGAGAAUCCACAAAUAAACCUACAAGGUAAUCAAAUUUAUACUUGGGCUUCGCAAAUAGGAAAACUGAGAGCACUACUGGAACAUCAUGACAAUCAACACAGACGACCAGUAUGCUGAUGGUGACAACAAAAAUUACAACACGACAAGGCGACCCACUUACGAAUGCACCUGGCGUUUAUACUUCGAGUCGUGGAAUUACGAUUUUCCGGCUACUUCAUAUCGCUACAGUACCAGUAGUUAUCAGGAGGCAGACGACGUUAUACAAACUAGUGACAAGGCUACUCUCAUCCAGGUGUGGAAACCUAAAAGCUACGGUGCAGUCAAGGGUCAGAUACCCCAGCAUGAGCGGCUUACGUACACAUGGAAAGAGAUCGAUGUUUUCGGAGAGACUCCGGGUGAUUCAAGGAAAGAACCACUGUGCAGUCGACUGUGUUCGUGUUUUUCGCGACAGAAAAAAGACUUUAAUCCUCGCAAACAUUUGCUGAAAAAUGUUACCGGCGUUGCGAAAAGUGGUGAGCUACUGGCAGUAUUGGGAAGUUCCGGUGCGGGUAAAACGACUUUACUGAAUGCGUUGGCGUUCAGAUCCCCGCCAGGAGUGAAAGUGUCUCCGACAUCACUUCGUGCUUUGAACGGAAUUCCGGUGAAUGCGGAGCAGUUGCGGGCACGAUGCGCAUACGUCCAGCAGGAUGAUCUGUUCAUCGCAGCUCUCACCACAAAGGAACAUCUUAUAUUCCAAGCGAUGUUGCGAAUGGGUAAACAUGUUCCCAAGAGCGUCAAACUGAACCGAGUAGAUGAAGUGCUGCAGGAACUAUCGCUGACAAAAUGCGCAAAUACGCUUAUUGGGUCUCCCGGACGUAUGAAAGGCCUCUCUGGUGGAGAGCGGAAGCGAUUGGCCUUCGCAUCAGAAUCUCUCACAGACCCUCAUCUUCUACUCUGUGACGAACCUACCUCCGGCUUAGACUCCUUCAUGGCCCACAGCGUACUGCAGGUGCUGAAGGGAAUGGCGAUGAAGGGCAAAACGAUAAUAUUGACCAUACACCAACCUUCCUCCGAGCUGUACUGCAUGUUCGACAAGAUUCUACUGAUGGCGGAAGGACGAGUGGCGUUCCUCGGAUCGCCCUACCAGGCGGCGGAAUUUUUCUCACAACUUGGAAUUCCCUGCCCGCCGAAUUACAACCCGGCCGAUUUCUACGUACAAAUGCUGGCGAUCGCACCGAACAAGGAACUGGAAUGCCGCGAUACGAUCAAGAAGAUUUGCGAUUGUUAUGCAACCAGUCCGGCGGCCCGGGACGUGAUGGAUGUGGCCAGUGCCGGAAAGAAUGUCGACGAACACUGCCUGCUACAACCGGUGAACGGUGCCAGUAAAUCCGGAUAUCGGUCGGGCUGGUGGACUCAGUUUUACUACGUGUUGUGGCGUUCCUGGCUGACGGUGCUCAAGGAUCCCAUGCUGGUCAAAGUUCGGUUACUUCAAACUGCCAUGGUCGCAACACUGAUCGGUUCAAUCUACUUCGGUCAGAAACUGGAUCAGGACGGAGUGAUGAACAUUAACGGCUCGUUGUUUCUCUUUUUAACGAAUAUGACCUUUCAAAAUGUGUUUGCAGUAAUCAAUGUGUUUUCUGCCGAACUGCCGGUAUUCUUGCGAGAGAAACGAUCUCGUUUGUUCCGAGUGGAUACCUACUUCCUGGGGAAAACCAUUGCCGAGGUCCCGCUGUUCAUAGUAAUUCCAUUUGUGUUCACAUCGAUAGCAUAUCCCAUGAUCGGACUGAGAGCCGGUGUGGAUCACUACUUUAUGACUCUCUUCAUUGUAACGUUGGUUGCAAAUGUGGCGACAUCUUUCGGCUAUUUAAUUUCCUGUGCCAGCUCUUCAAUAUCUAUGGCCCUCUCUGUAGGACCUCCGGUCAUCAUACCGUUUCUUAUUUUUGGUGGAUUCUUCCUGAAUUCAGCUUCAGUUCCGAUCUAUUUCGAGUACUUGUCCUAUUUCUCGUGGUUCCGUUAUGCCAAUGAAGCAUUGCUGAUCAAUCAGUGGAGUAUGGUACAGGAAGGGGAAAUCGCGUGCACUCGCAUGAACGUGACUUGCCCAACCUCAGGCCAAAUCAUUCUCGAAACAUUUAACUUCAGAGUAGAAGAUCUAACCUUCGACAUCGUCUGUCUGUUUGUCCUGCUGGUGGUGUUUCGUCUCGGAGCACUGUUUUGUUUGUGGUUGCGCUCAAGAAGCAAGGAGUAAAGACUUUACCAUUGACUCUCUGUGGAAGAUGAAUCUCAAUCAAAGGUCGUCAUCACGUUAUUAGUUUCGCCAUUUAAGUCGCAUUUCUGCAGUUUAGUCAAAUGUAAUCCCCCCAGUGUAAUGAAAGAAUAUUAAAGUUUCCAUGAUCAUAGCAAAAUUUCUCUCUGAAUAUUUUUAUUCUA